AUUUAUCAGUGCUGGGUGUAUUAGUUAGUCAACGAGCCAGUAGCAUUGUACAGUCAUUUUAUAGUACAUGCAUUGGUUUUGCCUGCAAGUCAAACGUGCCCAGAGCAACAUAGACUGUUUGUCAGUAUUGGUUUUUGCUGUGAAUUCAAUCGGACACACAAUAUUACAAGUAGAAUAUAAGAUUAUCACUGCUGGGAAGGAAUAUUCAAGCUGAAUUUAAGGAGAUCGUCAAUAUGAACUCCAGCUAUUCCGACAAGAUAUCCAAACUGAAUGACGACGUAGAAGAAUUAAGAAAGUUGGGAAGAGAAAUGCAGCUAUCAGAUGAGGAAAUCAAACAAUGUGCUGUUCGAUCUCUAGAUGAAGAUUUAGAAUUACAAAUUUUAUGGCACAAGAUCAAGGAAAAUUGUCAGAAGUUUAUCACCUUCAUUUACCCGUAUUUGAUUCUAAUUGGAAAUUUUGUUAAAACACGUGUUCGGAAAAUUGACACGCGAUUGCAAAGAAUUGUCUUUGCGGUUUUGAUCUCAGUAGGUCUGUUGGCAUUAACCUGGAUUUAUUAUGCUAUUUAUCAAGAUCAGGGACCACUGGGAAAACUUCUUACCCCAAUCUAUUCACCCUAUGAUCAUUGUGUGAUGCGACUCGUUCGGUUGAUGAUGUUACCUUUACAUUCGUUGUUCAAUAUUGGAAUGUACCACAACAUGCCGUGUGUCAUGGAGAAUCCUUAUUAUAUUGAACCGGUUCCUGAAAAUUGCUGGAACUGUAAAUUAAUUAACAGGACCAAAGUACCAACCUUCGCUAACAAGACAUUGCCUCGUGUUAUGCUCACUAGACCACUGAUAUUCCUGAAUUACAGUACAGAUAUAACAACCAUUGCAAAUAUCACAGAUUUGAUUCAAGAUAACUACGAGACAUUAAACCAUCCGUCUAUAAUUCUUCAAUCUACUGUAUCCUGGUUGAAACGUCCCACUGAUCUACUGAAGGUAGACAAUCUGGAACAGACAAUACUAUCAGAGAAACAGUUCCAUCUUGAUUGGGUCAGUAGACGGAUUUUAACCAGUCAGAUUUUAAGAAAAAUUUUCCCUCGUCCUAAAUUUCUCAACAAGAAAUCAGAGGUACUGAUCUCAAGACGGCUGCUUAUUGAUGGCCCGGGGGCUACGGCAAUAUUGUUGAAUAACUUGAUGGAGGGUGCUAAUAUGAUCUAUAUCGUACAUACUGGAAACAGAACACUGGAGCUUAGAGGGAAACCUGGCUGUGAAAAUACUUGUAUUAAAUUUCAAACUGUAGUGGAGACUGGAAGUAUGGUCUACCUUCCUACAAUAUGGGAUAUCCAUGUUUUGGAGAAUGGUGACGAACUGAGCAUUGCCUCUGUAGCUUAUGUUGAUGUCCGAUAAGACUUUAAUCAGGCCGCUAACUUCAGAUUUAAACUUACUAAAGCCUUGGUUGCAGACGUACAGAUAACCCACAGCAAACGUAGAACUUGCUGUUACAUAGUUGUUUUGCAACAUAAACUUCUUUGUCGAAUAAAAAUAGUAAAAGAUACUGAACUCCGUU